CUGUUCUCCUUAUCACGACUCAAGAUGUGGGGGUGCCGAAGCCUGAUAGGAACAUUCUCCAACUCUACCGUAUCCUCGGCCACCUUCGGCUGUAUAAUGCGGGGCGACUAACAUUUUCAUGCCUGCGAGUUAGGACCCUGGUAUAUGGGAGUGUUUCUUUUCUACUUCACAUUCCCAUCGGAUCAUCUGCCACUGCCAAACCUGUCUUUCAACGACCCCUUUUGAUUGGAAUUAAGCCGCUCCGAGCACUCCACCGACACCAUGAGCAGCCCAGAGGAACAAGCCCAGCAGCUGAUGAAAAUCCCGGGCCACAUCGAGGAAGCAACUCUAGAGUCUGUCUACAACAGCCUCAGCCCUGUGGCGAGCGAGUCACUGCUCGGACAAUGGAAAGGCGGCAGCUUCGACACCGGCCACCCAUCGCACCAAACGCUCGCCGAUUUCAAGUGGGCAGGCAAGGAUUUUAAGUCGCUCGACGACGUGAACCCCAUCAUGGUUUAUGAUAAGGAUGGAAACCGUACUUGGCUGGAGGAGUAUGGUCAUGCGAGGCUCAGGGAGGUUAAAUUCAGAGGAACCGUGACUGCGGCGAUGAUCUACGACAAGUUUCCGAUCAUUGAUUACUUUCGAGCAGUGACGCCGGAUAUCGUGUUGGGGGCUAUGGAUAACAAAAUGGUUCCGAAUGAUGGGACGUAUUACUUUUACCUUAUGCGGAUGUAGAUAUUGAGUUCGAGGUUGGGGUUUGGCUGCUGGAUUUGAUUUUUCUUCAUGUGCAUUCUAUCGUCAUAUGUACUGCCAUUCAAGCACUGGGGU